GGCGGCGGCGGCAGCGGCGGCGGCGGGGGGAAGCCCGCCCUGCAAGUGGUGUACCAGGCCGUGCAGGCGCUCUACCACGACCCGGACCCCAGCGGCAAGGAGCGCGCCAGCCUCUGGCUCGGGGAGCUCCAGAGAUCGGUACACGCCUGGGAGAUUUCCGAUCAGUUGCUGCAGAUCCGGCAGGACGUGGAGUCGUGCUACUUCGCAGCCCAAACCAUGAAGAUGAAAAUCCAGACCUCAUUCUACGAGCUCCCACCGGACUCGCACGUCUCUUUGCGGGACUCUUUGCUCACCCACAUCCAGAACUUGAAAGACAUGUCUCCUGUCAUCGUCACACAGCUCGCACUCGCGAUAGCAGACCUCGCCCUGCAGAUGGCCUCUUGGAAGGGCUGCGUCCACACACUGGUUGAAAAGUACAACAACGACGUGAUGUCGCUGCCCUUCUUGCUGGAGAUCCUGACGGUGCUGCCGGAGGAGGUCCACAGCCGGUCCUUGCGCAUCGGGGCCAACCGCCGCACCGAGAUCAUCGAGGACUUGGCCUUCUACUCCAGCACAGUUGUCUCACUGCUGAUGACCUGUGUGGGGAAGGCUGGCAACGACGAGAAGAUGCUCAUCAAGGUCUUCCGCUGCCUGGGCAGCUGGUUCAACCUGGGGGUCCUGGACAGCACCUUCAUGGCCAACAGCAAGCUGCUCUCACUACUCUUCGAGGUCCUGCAACAGGACAAGACGUCGUCGAACCUGCACGAAGCCGCUUCUGACUGCGUCUGUUCGGCGCUCUACGCCAUCGAGAACGUGGAGACCAACCUGGCCCUGGCGUUGCAGCUCUUCCAGGGGGUGCUGACCCUCGAGACGGCGUACCACAUGGCCGUGGCCCGAGAGGAUUUGGACAAGGUUCUGAAUUACUGCCGGAUCUUUACGGAACUCUGCGAGACACUUCUGGAUAAGAUCGUCUGCACUCCUGGCCACGGCCUGGGGGACCUGCGGACUAUUGAGCUGCUCUUGAUCUGCGCGGGCCACCCGCAGUAUGAGGUGGUGGAAAUUUCCUUCAACUUCUGGUACCGGCUGGGGGAGCAUCUUUACAAGACGGACGACGCUGUCAUCCACAGCAUCUUCAAGGCCUACAUCCAGAGGCUGCUCCACGCCCUGGCGCGACACUGUCAGCUGGAUCCAGACCACGAAGGGAUUCCUGAGGAGACGGAUGACUUCGGAGAGUUCCGGAUGAGGGUGUCGGACCUGGUGAAGGACUUGAUCUUCCUUGUCGGAUCCGUGGAAUGUUUUGCCCAGCUUUACGCCACCCUGAAAGAAGGAAACCCUCCUUGGGAAGUGACGGAAGCCGUGCUCUUCAUUAUGGCUUCGAUAGCCAAGAGCGUUGAUCAGGAGAACAACCCGACGCUGGUGGAAGUGCUGGACGGGGUGGUGCGCCUGCCCGAAUCGGUGCACCUGGCUGUCCGCUACACGAGCAUCGAGCUGGUUGGUGAGAUGAGCGAAGUGGUGGACAGGAACUCCCAUUUUCUUGAUCCGGUGCUCGGCUUUUUGAUGAAGGGCCUCUGCGAGAAACAGCUGGCCUCGGUCGCUGCCAAAGCCAUUCACAGCAUCUGCUCCGUGUGCCGGGACCACAUGGCUCAGCAUUUCAGCGGCCUGCUGGAAAUCGCCCGCUCCCUGGACUCCUUCAUGCUCUCGCCGGAGGCAGCGGUCGGACUCCUGAAAGGGACUGCCUUGGUGCUGGCCAGGCUUCCGCUGGAGAAGAUCUCGGCGUGUCUCAGUGAACUUUGUGCCGUUCAGGUGAUGGCGCUGAAAAAGCUUCUCUCUCAGGAGCCGAGCAACGGCCUCUCCUCAGAUCCCACCGUGCCCCUCGAUCGCCUUGCUGUUAUAUUUAGGCAUACCAACCCCAUUGUAGAAAAUGGACAGACGCAUCCGUGCCAAAAAGUCAUCCAGGAGAUCUGGCCAGUCCUGUCAGAGACCCUGAACAAACACCGUGCCGAUAACCGCAUCGUGGAGCGCUGCUGUCGGUGCCUGCGCUUCGCUGUCCGCUGCGUGGGGAAAGGCUCGGCGGCCCUCCUGCAGCCGCUGGUCACGCAGAUGGUGAACGUCUAUCAGGAGCACCAGCAUUCCUGUUUCCUCUACCUGGGGAGCAUCCUGGUGGAUGAGUACGGGAUGGAGGAGGGCUGCCGGCAGGGGCUGCUCGACAUGCUGCAGGCUCUGUGCGUCCCCACGUUCCGGCUCAUCGAGCAACCAAAUGGCCUCCAGAACCACCCGGACACUGUGGAUGACCUCUUCCGGCUGGCAACCAGGUUCAUCCAGCGCAGUCCGAUCACGUUGCUCCGGAGCCAAGUCAUCCUCCACAUCUUGCAGUGGGCGAUUGCUGCCACCACCCUGGACCACCGCGAUGCCAACUGCAGCGUCAUGAAGUUCUUGCGCGAUCUUGUCCACACGGGAGUGGCCAAUGAUCAUGAAGAGGACUUUGAGGCCCGGAAGGAGCUCAUUGGGCAGGUGAUGACCCAGCUGGGGCAGCAGCUUGUGAGCCAGCUCCUGCACACCAGCUGUUUCUGCCUUCCGCCUUACACCCUGCCCGAUGUGGCCGAGGUGCUGUGGGAGAUCAUGCAGGUCGACAGGCCGACCUUUUGUCGCUGGCUGGAGAACUCGCUGAAGGGCUUACCAAAGGAAACAUCGGGGGGAGCCAUGCAAGUGACGCACAAGCAGCUGACGGACUUCCACAAGCAGGUCACGAGUGCCGAGGAGUGCAAACAGGUUUGCUGGGCUCUGAGGGACUUCACCAGGCUGUUCCGGUAGCCUGCACCGCCUUCGGUCUGCCUGUCUCCCAG